CAACUGGUAUUUCGUAUUGUUUAUAUUGACUGCGUUUUCAAGUGCCUAACCUAGUAUUGUAACGAGAUUUCUUGAAACCACACAUCAGUUGUAAAAUAGUUUUCUCAUGGUAUAACUUGGAUUAAAGAAUAAUUUAGAAAAUGUCCGGAAAAUGUGCGAAAUGUGUUGGCUUGGUGGGGCAAAACAUGUUGGUUACUUUGACCCUUGUCGGUGUCGGGGUGGGAUUUAUGAUAGGAUUUGUUGUACAAGAAGCGUCGGCGAGCGCGACCAUGUGGAUCGGAAUGCCCGGAGAGCUGUAUAUCCGAAUGUUAAAAAUGAUGAUUGUUCCACUCGUUAUUUGUAGCGUAAUUUCUGGUACAGCCAAAAUGGACCCGAGAUCAAAUGGCAAAGUGAGCGGAAUAUCUUUGGCCUACAUUAUGGUCACAAAUCUAGUCCCGGUCAUUUUAUCAGCGGCUCUUUGCCUUAUCAUUAAACCGGGAGACGGUGUGGAGGCAGGUGUUGAUAUGUCAAAGUUUACAACGGAUGUCAUGGAAACAGAAGAUAUCUUCGCCGAUCUUCUCAGAAACAUAGUUCCUGAUAACCUGAUAGCAUCAUGCUUCGAACAGACACAAACCAAGUACAAAUAUGUGGAUAGAGAGGUUAUUAUCAACAAUGGAACACAAAACAUGACGUCAUCAGUUAGAGAAUUAUCCAGAAAAUAUCUAGGAGCAGCUAAAUCUACGAAUAUAUUAGGUUUGAUCAUAGUAAGCGCAAUAUUUGGAGUAGCAGCCGCUGCAAUGAAGGGACAAGGGGAACCAUUCCUCUCCUUCUUCCGGUCUGCCACCGACAUCAUCAUCAAAGUACUCAGGGUGCUCAUAUGGGCCACUCCAGUGGGCGUUGCUAGUCUUAUUGCUAAAGCGAUAAUCAGUACAACGGAUGUAGAUGAAACAUUCCGGAAGUUAGGGCUCUACUUUUUGACAGUUAUGAUCGGACUUGUUAUCUGGGGUUUCAUGCUCGUUCCCGCAAUAUUCUUCGCCGUUCGCCGAACCAACCCUUUUUUCCGGUUCCUAGCUUCUAUAAUGCCUUCUAUAAUGAUCGUAUUUUGCAACCGGAAGCACAGUUAUUGCACUUCCGGAGAGUUUUCACAGCUUAGAGAGCAAAAAUGGCGUCGAUACUCGAAUUUCUCGUUUUGUAGCGCCCCUAGCGGCAACUAUCGGACGCGCAGGAAGCGCCCUCUACAUCUCGUCAUCAUGCUUCUUCAUCAUCCAGAUGCUUGGUCGUGACGUCAAUGCAGCUGACAUAAUUUCUGUCAUAUUGCUCACCUGGAUAUCGGCUCUGGCAAUUCCGUCAGUGACAGGUGCCAGUCUCGUUACCGUAUUAAUCCUUUUAACCGCUCUCAAUAUUCCGGGUGAGGCCGCCGCCAUGUUGUUUGCACUGGAGUUCUUCCUAGAUCGAUCACGUAGUGUGGUUAAUAUGAACACGCAGCUUACUGGAGCUAUAGUUACAGAUAAAUUUUUCGGGGAGUUUUCACAAUCUCCACCGGAAGUUUCGGGCCCAAAUGAAAACAAAACACUGCUGAAUGAAACAAUCGUGAAAGACGUCAAUCUUCAAGUUCAAACAACGCCAAACAUUUGAUGACUUCUGUCGCUUUAAUGAUUUUUUUGUAUUAAUUAAUUAUUUCAUUGUAUUAUAGCGAAACAUUUUUAUUAUUUAUUAUAUUGGC